AUGGACCCACUAGAAGAAGCACAUAAAACUGUAGCACAGAUGACUAAGAAGCCAGGUAUAAUAAAUUGGAAAAAUUUACACGAGAAGGCAAUGCAGACUAAUGCGGCAAAUUUAAACUUCUCUUACAAAAACACCCAGAAGCAACUGGCCGAAACUGAUAUGACUAUAAGAAACGCAAUGGUAAAAAGGUUCUUUUAUAAACGUAAUCCAUUUUCCUCUAAGAACCCAAUAGUUCAGACGCUGCUGGGUAAAGACAAACCGAUGGAAGAACCAAUUAACCUGCUUCGUGGAAGAAUGUUUGUAUAG